CUCGUGCCGGUGGAUUCAUAAGCGGUCGCUUCUUAACCGGUAUUAAACCUCAGGAAUAUUUCUUCCAUUGUAUGGCUGGUCGUGAGGGUCUUAUUGAUACGGCUGUGAAGACGAGUCGUUCGGGUUAUCUUCAACGUUGCCUGAUUAAACAUCUGGAAAGCUUGAGAGUGCAUUAUGACCAUACCGUGAGGGAUAGUGAUGGAUCGAUCAUUCAAUUUCAUUACGGUGAAGAUUCUCUUGACGUUAUCAAGCAGAAGUACCUUUUCAUGUUUCAAUUUAUGGCGCGAAAUAAUAAGGCGCUAAUGCUGAAGUAUGACAUAAGCGAGGCACAAAAAUCGUUAAAUACUUCGUGGGCUUCUAUUCAUGCAAAGAAAGCUGACAGGAAAAAGAACGCGUAUGAUCCUGUACUUUCAGUGUACUCCCCGAGCACUUUUUUAGGCAGCGUCUCCGAAAAGUUUCACAAAGCCUUGGAAAAGGUAAAGUAUAUGGAAGAUGAUUCGGAUAAAAUUUUCAAGGAUGAUUCUAUAUCAAAACCGGCAUUUCGAAAACUCAUGCAUCUUAAGUACCUUCACAGUCUGGUUGAACCUGGGGAGGCUGUUGGUUUGCUUGCCGCCCAAGGUAUCGGUGAACCGUCUACGCAAAUGACUUUAAACACUUUUCACUUUGCUGGAUUUGGUGCAAAAAAUGUCACUCUUGGCAUACCUCGUCUUCGUGAAAUCAUCAUGACUGCCUCUCAAAGUAUUAAGACACCUCUGAUGACGCUUCCGUUGUUAGAUAGUGUCUCUGAUAGAGAGGCCUUGAAGUUUUGCCAAAAAAUUAGCAAGUUAACUUUGGCGGAAGUUGUUGAUCGAAUGGUGGUGACAGAACGUAUUUUAGGAAAACGUGAGCAGUCUGGAUUUACCAGAUGCAGAGCUUACAAGAUCCAUAUGCAGUUUUACACGCGUGAAGAAUAUACGGAAGAGUUUGACCUUAGACCGUGGCAGAUAGAGCGUGUUAUCGAAAUUCAAUUCCUAUAUCACCUCGAGAAUGCAAUAACAAAAUUAUCUAAAAGCUCUUCCAAGAGAGAUAAGAGUCGUUUGUAUGAUGACGUGUUCGAGGUGGGUAAACCAUCGAAGCGUUCAAAGAAGGAAGAAACAUAUGAUGACGAUGUUCCAAUAAAUGAUGUCGGAUAUGAAUCCGAUAACGGGGAUGGAGAUGCUACUAACGUAAAGAUCAAUGCUAGGUCUCAUCAGUUUGCAAGCUACGAUGCACCCGAUGAUGAAGACCUGGAAAUCAUUAAACAAAAUGACCGUGCUCUUGAAUAUGAGGAUUUUGAUAGUAAAAUCCAUGCGGAUACUAAUGAUGGUGAGCCAGAGAAUUUAGGUGACGACGAUACGCAAGAUCUUGUUGAUUAUCCAAAAAAUUUGGAGAAAAAAACAAAAUCCUCUCGACGGAAUAAAAUUCUUUGUCAAUUGGCUUAUGUCACGAACUAUCAAUUUGACUCGACAGAAGGUAGCUGGUGCGAUAUCGAAUUAGAGUUGCCCGUUAAUAUGAAAAAAUUACUAUUGUUGGACAUAGCCGAAGUGUCAUGCAAGAAGUCGGUCAUUCACGAGAUUAGUGGAAUCACAAAAUGUUACCCAAUUCCAAAUGAAACUAAAGAAGACACUUUGAAAAAUGUGUUGGCAGAAGGUGUGAACUUUCAACGUAUUUGGUUAUACAAUGACUUAAUCGAUAUAAAUAAAAUUUACACCAAUGACAUUGCGGCCGUUCUCAAAACCUAUGGCGUGGAAGCGGCUAGAAGUACAAUAAUAAAAGAGAUUUCUAGCGUUUUUUCGUCAUAUGGUAUUAACGUUGACCCUAGGCAUCUAACACUGGUCGCCGAUUAUAUGACAUUUGAAGGACAGUUCAAGCCAUUUAACAGGAUGGGUAUUGAUUCUAAUCCUUCCCCUCUUCUUAAAAUGAGCUUUGAGAGUACUUGUAACUUCUUGGCGCAAGCCACACUAUUCGGUGAUGUGGACAUGUUAAGCUCACCGUCGGCAAGGUUAGCGCUCGGUAAAGUUGUACAGGGUGGCACCGGAUCAUUUGAAAUUCGUCAACCUUGUGAGACACUUAGUGCAAAUUAG